CUGCAUUUUCAAGAAAAGGGCAGGCUCUCUUCCUGCUUCUCUGUUCCAUUUCGCUGUUGCCCUGCAACGCAGCGCUCUGCUACCACUUUCCUUCGCUCCCUUUGCUUUUAGACGUUGCCAUUCUUCAGUGUUUCCCUAGUUCUCAUUACUUCCCACUGUCACCAUGUAUCGCUUUGCUUCUAGCCUGGCCUCCAAAGCCCGGAUUGCUAGGAGCAGCAGCCAACAGAUUGGAAGUAGGUUGAGUUGGAGAAGAAACUAUGCGGCCAAGGACAUUAAGUUUGGUGUGGAGGCUCGGGCUUUAAUGCUUAGGGGUGUUGAAGAGCUUGCUGACGCUGUGAGAGUGACGAUGGGUCCUAAGGGGCGUAAUGUGGUGAUUGAACAAAGCUUUGGUGCCCCUAAAGUGACAAAAGAUGGAGUGACUGUUGCAAAGAGCGUUGAGUUCAGGAUAAA